AACGCGUAUUUUUGUUUAAGCUAAGAAAGUUUAAAAAAAAACGAAAAACGCUCAUUUCGGCUCAAUGGAUGAUUCGGAUAAUUAUGUUCCAAACCCGCUUCUCAUUGGCGAACUGGACAAUGAUCAAAGCGUUCACUCAUCCGACGAGGAAGGAAAUGAAGAUUUAGCCGAAAGUUCUCGAGCCGAUUCGGAGAACGAAAAUGAUUAUUUUGUAUCAAAUAACAACAACGAUGAUGAAGAUAAGGAGCUUAAUGGAAACUCAGAAUUCAUUGGAGCUCAAAGUUUUAACCUACCCGAUCCGAAAAAAGCCUUGGCUAUGAUACGAGCGAAACAUAAUUUCGAAGACUUGUCAGGAGACAAAUUAAGUUCAACAUGGAGUUCAAAUGCACCUAAGAACUCGGCUUCUAAAUCCUCAAUUCCGCCUCCACCCAGCGAAAUGAACAAACUAACGCCUUUAGCUGUGAGCAAAAUAGUCUCAAAAAGUGAGGGCGCCUUAAUUAAUCGAGCAUUACCAAAAAGUGUAGCUUUAGAAAAGCAAAUUUUGGCCAACAGAGCGGACAAAAAUUUAUCCCCCGUGUUUUCAGUAGAUCCCUCGGUUAUAACUACUAAAAACUCAUUCACAACUGCAGCAGUUUUACCGCCAAUUUUGUCAAGCACGACUUCAAUGGAGCAAUCGCCGAGACGAGAUGAGGUUAAUGAACUGAAAACGAGUCUCGACUCGGCCCGAGAAGUGCCGACUCUGCCAGCUAUUAACGGAUCACACUCAAAUAGAGAGUCGUCAACCAAUCAGACGCAAGAAGAGACAGAAGUAAGUUCACAAGAAAGUAAAAAGAUCCGAGAGCUGAAAAAACUGUACAAAAAGAGCAAGGAGAAAAACGAUUACAAAACUUUUCACGAGUUUAUCGAAGAGCAUUUCAAAAAUUUCACAACUGUAGCAAGUUAUUUCAAAUCCUUAAAGCCUUCGGCCGAUUUUUAUGACGAAUCUUGCGGCUUAGACUUAGAGUUGUUAUACACAUUCUGUGAUAUUACCGACAGGUUUCCAUUAGAUGAUACAUUUCGAAAAGUCUUGUUGAAAAAUAUCGUCAAUAUUCUAAUGAAUCCGCCUCCUCAAGAUCCGACUAUGUCAAAAACCGACUUGCAAACAUAUUUCAUUCUGUUGCAUUUUCCAAUUUUCGCCGAGCUCAAUACUUAUGUCGUGUUUUCGUAUUUAGUUCGUCAAAUCGCAACUCUCAAACCCCCUAACAUGCAUCAAUUAGUGAUGUUUUUCAACAAAGCGGGCGACGUUAGCAUUCGAAAUGUUUCCAAAAUGGUACGAAAAUUCGUGGAUAAGAGAUUUUUCCCGCCGAGCGAUGAACUUUUACCCCCUAGCAAAGAGUGUACCUGGUGGAUUCCGAGUGCAUGCAAGUGCCUCGCGAUGCUAUUCGCCGCGAACGCCAACCAAAAUGCCCAGCCACAUCUAGAAAUCCGAGCGUUUUACUGCCGAUCCAUGGAUCAUUUGGAACUUCUGGAAGAUUUCCAGAGUUUCACAACUGGAACCCCGAAACGAAGUUUCACAUUUUGUCAGUAUUCGUUCGUGAUCACGACCUUCGCAAAACGAAGAUUGUUGUCGCAAGCUAACGAACUCGAAAUGCUGUCGGCCGCGAAAGACAAUUUAAGUUCUCAGAUUAGAAAUUCACGAAGCAGAGAUUCAGCCAAUGUUCAAACUGCUCUGUUUGUUGAACUUUCAGUUCAAAGAGUGUAUAUUUUACAGGAUUCGAUAAAAGAAGUUGUAGCAAAGCAAAAAGAAUUGAAAAGAAAACUACGGGUUAAAUUUAUAGGCGAAGAAGGUGUGGACUUAGGCGGACUAACCAAAGAAUGGUUCUUGCUGCUUGUACCCAAAAUAUUUGGCCCGCAGUUGGGUUUGUUUGUUCAAACGUCUUCCAAGAAUAUAUGGUUCAACGGUGCGUGCAAACAUCUGGACGGGGAGUUUUACCUGGCCGGGGCUAUAUUGGGACUGGCAAUUUAUAAUUCGAUUGUAAUUGACGCGCCACUGCCAGUUUGCUUAUUCAAGAAGUUACUGAGUCCCCCCGUGUCCUCGAAGCAGACCCCAUCCUUCCCUCUGGGCCACUACACAUUCAACCUGCACGACUACUCCGAGUUAGAACCAGAGGUGGUUAAGAACUUGUCCGAAUUGCUGGCAUACAACGGAAGUGUGGAGGAAGACUUCGCACUAGACUUCUGUGUGAGUGUGCGAGAUGACCUCGAAGGAACCAACAAAAACUACACUCUGAAGAAGCAUGGGAACAAAGUGAAAGUGACCAAUCAAAACAGAGCAGAAUACGUGUCAAGGUACUUGUCGUUCCACCUGAACGAGUAUGUGCAGAAGCAGUGUGAGUCAUUCUACCGGGGAUUCCACUCUGUCUGCAACUCAGAUGUACUCUCCAUCAUAAGGGCAGAAGAGUUGCAGAACAUCAUCUGUGGGGAACCAAUUUUGGAAGUGCGUGUUCUGAAGAAGAGUGCUCGUUAUGAGGGUGGAUUGACCUCUAAGGAUGACCUCUCUCUGCAUUUGUGGCAGGUGGUCGAGGAGAUGAAACAGAGACAGAUGAGGAGGUUUCUCGCUUUCCUCACUGGCUCAGAGAAGAUACCCAUCGGGGGAGCCAAAGAUUUGACCCUCAGAAUCCGCAAAGUGAGCAGUCUGUCUGAGGACUCUCUCCCAGUGGCCCACACGUGCUUCAACGAACUCCAACUGCCCCCCUACCAGUCAAAAGAACAACUCAAACAGAAACUGAACUACGCCAUAAACAACACCGAGGGAUUCAACUUGAAAUAA